CCCCUUUCUUUUUGUAGAUCUGGAAGGUCAGUUCAGUGUUCAUAUAUAUCCAUGCAUAUAAUGAAUCUGUUAGUAAUUUAUUUGUUUGGAUUUAUGUGCUGGUUGUUUUCUCGUUUAUGGGUUUGUCUAAUAACCCGAAGAGUGUUCUAGUGGAGGGCUUGAAUAUUUGACUGACUCUAUAUCUCCUUCAAUUACUUGAUGCUUCUCUUUUGAAACUAGGGUUUUGAGAAUGUUGUGGAGGGCUUGAAUGUAUGAACCGUUUUGGGGUAGUUGACUAAUAUUUCAUUGUAGCCUCCUCUUUUCGGUCUUUCAUAAGCCUUGAGGCAUGAUUGGUUGACGACGAGAGAGAGCACGCUAGUAAGCAUUCAUGAACAAGAUGUGAUUGUCUACAAGCGUGCUCUCUAUCGUUGUCAUAUGAUAUGCUGUCAAGGCAUGCUUUGUCGUUCUACGGCUGUGCUUACUUACCAAUUUCCAUUACCUGAGGAGCUGAGUGUUCGUAGAAUGGGACAGUCGUUAAAGCUUGGGCUACUAAGUUUGAGAAAUGAGUUCAAGUCUGGGAGCAACCACUCUGUGCCAAUGAUAACAAGAAUGUGCAAUCCAACAAUGCUUAAGUGCUGCAGAAAGAAGGAACAAUGUAUGCCUGCUCGUUUGGAUCCUUGUGCGAGAGAUGAUGGGGAAAGGAUGCGCUGCUGCAUGCCGGCCGUAAAAGCAGUGUCCAUUCUAUUGAACAGCGUAUCUUUGGUUGCCGUUUUGCCUGAAUUGUCUUGGGACAGAUAAGAUCAUGACCAAGCUGAACUUUUUCGGGCACUCUGAAUUGAUCUCUUUAUGAGUGUCUUCACAUCUGGUUUAAUUUUGAAUGUGUUUUGAGUUAGUUAUUGGAGCUAUUUGAAAAUCCUAUGGUUUUCUAUCGUUAUGAAGACAAAUGCGGUUAACCGAUUGGGGCUAGCCUAAUUGACCAUUUUGUUCACUCUCUGUUGACAGGUUAAAGGGUCGAAGUGCAAGAAUGGAGUAUUAGUUCUCUCUCGUCUAUGGAAGCUUUCGUUGUUUUUUCUUUUCUGUAUAUAUGAUGCUAAUGAACUUGAUUUAGUUAUUGCGAAUCUCACGUGAUUACUGUAACUCUUUGAAUGAAAUCCUCCGAAUCGAAUAAAGUAAAAAAUAUGA